CGGGUGACUCGGUCGCACGGCUGCUGCUGCUUUAUUUGGAUUCGGCGACUUUUUCUUUCCACUCUGAACGAUCGACCAAAAAGCUCAGUCGGAUCUCGCACCAACACCUGCCCUCCGUGCUGCAUUCACGCUGGCUGUCGCACGCCCAGCAAGGACUGUGCUGUCGCUGUUGGUCCAAGUCCACCGGCCUCAACUUAGCAUCACCGGAGCGCUCCAACCACUCCAAGCAACAGCAAGAGGACAAGGGCACACGGCACGUUGCCUACAAUUACAAUCUCGGGUUCCAUCGAAAGCGUGGAACUUGGGCAGCACCCUUGACUUGCCCUUGCAACGCCGCCACCAACACCGCUGUUUCUCAUCCAGCAGGCCGUGCGCAAUGGCGGAGGAUGAGCCGGGCGUGAGCCGCCCCGUGCAGAUGGGCGACUGGAGGAUCAAGCCUCUGCCCAUGCAAUACACAACGGUGCAGCUGCAUCGCACCUUCACCCCAGCACAGAUGCAGGUCUUGAAGAAGGGCAUCAUGCCUCACGAAAUGGAGGACAAGUGGUUUGUGUACAUGCAAGACAACACGCUCAACUUGCAUCGCAGCUGGACAGGCUUCUGCGUGUACCGCGUGCACUUUGUGGAGGAGGACGGGCAGUACCGCAUGCUCUCUGCCGACGUGAACCGAAACCCGGACGAGUACCUCAACGUCGACGACCAGCACGACAUUGAGAUGAUCUCCUUCCUCAUCGACGCCCUCUUCCACCUCGGCCACGCCAAUUACCCGGACGUCCCAGCCGUGCACGCCAACAGGCAAAAACAAGAGUAGAAGCGAAGCACAAGGUGCUGCUUCGUCUGCGCCCUUUCCCUCCACCUGAUGCUCUCGAUCUCCGCUGCAGCUGGCCUUUUUCGU